AGCUGGAGGAGCCCAGGGGGAGGGGGCUCUGUGGGAGCAGGGCAAAGGGCCAGGCGGGGGGUGUGUGUCAUCCUGCUCUGCCCCAUGCUCCUCCAGCCUGGGAAGCACUUGCAUGGACCCAGAGCUGAUGGGGGCCGCCAGCAUGCAGGGCUGGAGGGACCCUCUCCCCAUGCCUGUAGCCCUCCAGGCCUCCCCCACCUCAGGGGGGCCGUGGGGUGAAGGCAGUGCUGUCCCGUCCCACUGCACAGGGUGCAGGACGCCCGUCCUCCCCGGCCAGGGCAAGGAGGCACAAAGCAGCUCCUUGUCCCGCUCCAUCCCUCCUUCCCGGCAUGGCAGGGCCGGGGUCCCUGGCUGGCGUUGAGCCCUGACCCUGCUGCCUGCCCUCAGAGCGGGCAGAGGGUGAAUGCUCAGCAUUUCUGGCGUGCCCAGAGCAGCCUUCAUCCGCUGCUUCCAUGUGCCAUGCCUCCUCCUCCUCCGUGGCACAGAGGAGUGGCACGUUGGGCUGCCCGGCGCAGCCCCCAGCCAUGGCUCCCCUUGCCCAGCCGGGAACAAACCCGCUCUGUGAGCACACACAGAGGAGCCUUCAGCGGCACAGGUCCCCGUCCCCCCUCCUCAUCCUCCCCCAUCCCCUGGGCCCGUCAAUAGCGGGAUUGUGUGGAGCCGGGGCAGGUGCCGGGAGCGGGGGCGCAGCCAGAGGCACAGGGCACGUAACCCCCACGUCUGCUCGGCAUCGGGGAGCCCCUGCCAGCCCUGCUCAGUGCGGUGGGCAGGGGGUGGGCAUGCCUGCUCGGACCCUCCUCUGGUGGGGUCUCAUGGCAUGUCCCUGUCCUCUACAGACCUGGACAAGCUGCUGUCGGACCUGCGGUCCUUCCUGCUCAUCCUGGACAGGGAAAGCCUCAGCACCGCAGCUCGAGCCAAGAAGAAAUCAGUGGCUGAUCUCCUCUCCCGGCUGCAGACUCCCCCAUCAGAGGAUGCAGAGUACAUGAUCAUGCGCUGCCUCUCGCCUUCCCCGGGGACCCCACAGGGCCGGGCCAGCCCGGGAACCAGGACAGUGGAUGCAACGGGAGGGAGAAACCUGUGAGUGCCGCCCGGCCAGCACCCUGAGCCCGCAUGGAGGGAGCAAGGUGCCGGGUGUCUCCCCACCCCCACCAGCCGACGACUCCUAUGAAGACGCCGAACCCCUCGGCCCCGGCAGAUGCACUGGCUCUGGCGGUGCCGACACUGACAGCAGCCACUAUGAGUCGUACGGCGAGGAUGAGGAUGGCAUAACAGACCGUGCCCACUACCUGCACCGGCUGCCGGGGGGCAGCCCCCAUGCCGAGCCCUCCGGCCUCCCUGAGGCGCAGCUCUGCGGCUUCCUCUGGAGGAAGCGCUGGCUGGGGCAGUGGGCAAAGCAGCUCUUCAUCGUCCGGGAGCACGUGCUGCUGUGCUUCAGGUGUGCCGCCGACCUGCAGCCGGUACUGGAGCUGGACCUGCGGGGCUGCCGCGUCACCUACAAAGCCAAGCGGGGCAAGAAGAUGCCGCAUGCCCUGAAAGUGAUGGGGACGGCGGGCGAGGUGCUGGUCAUUGGCUUCCAGAGCCAGCAGCAGGCUGAGGACUGGAGGAAGGUGAUCGAAGAGGUCAGCAGCGAUGCCCCGAGCGGGCUGGCAGCCAUCAGCAUCCCAGCGUUGCCCUCCUCAAGGCUCGGCAGGGCUUCCGGGUCCCAGCUCAGCAAGGAGGAGGAGGAGGAGGAUCGCUCUCGGCAGAGCCCUGCCCGCAGCCCCCGGCCUGGAGAGGAUGCUAAAGGAGGUUUCCUGGCGGUGCGGCUGCGCGGGCGGUGGCAGCGGCUGUGGUGCGCGGUGCGGCAGGGAGCCCUACGCAUGUUCCCCGAGGCCGGUGGCACCCAGCACCCUGUCUGCUCUCUGCGGCUGGACGGCUGCGAGGUGUCCCCAGGGGCAGCCGCCGGCUCCCCCCAACGCCUCCGCAUCCGCAUCGCCCAGCGGGGCCGGGAGCUCGCCUUGCUGCAGACCCGUUCAGAUGAGGAGAGGGAAGCUUGGCUGAAGACCCUGCGGGCCAGGGGAGGAGGGGAGCUGGCCGGCGACAGCCCUCGCACCGAGACCCCCAAGCUGGGUGAUGCCAGCAGCUGCCCUGCUGCGGGUGGGCUGCUGCUGCGCCGUGUCCCAACCCCCAACACCUACAUGGAUGACCCCUUUGGGCAGCUCCCACCAGCCGAGGCCCCCAAGCACCUCGGCUCCAAUAUGGAGCGGCUGCAGCAGCUGCAGCAGAGCUUGGACCGACCAGUGCAAGGGCAGCGCAAGAGGCCCGUGUCUGCGCUGCCCAUCACCGGUGCCUGCAGCAGCGCCCUGCCCUCGCAAGCAGCAUCAGCGGCAGCUCUCCGGGACAGGGCUGCCAGACCACAGCGGGCAAAGGUGAGCCCCGAGGUCCGGAGCAGGGAUCUCUCCCGGUCCCAGCGCACCCUGACGCUGCCUGAGAAGAAAGGGGCUCGGGAUGGACUGGAUAUCCUCAUCGGAAAGAAAGCCUUCCCCAAGCUGGAGGAGAAGGUGGGGCAGCUGGAGAGAGCCUGCCGCAUGAAGGGCAGGCUGAAAGCCGGCUCCGAGAUGAACCUGCUGGCCAUCGGCAAGUCGCUGAAGGGCCACAUCGCCGCCACCGCCAGCUCGGCUGGCUCCGAGCAGGGCUCGUUCCUUACGCCGCUGUUGAAGCGCACCGCGUCGGCGAGGAGCGCUCUGAAGCCAUCUCCCACCCCGGUCAUCAUCGAGAAGGGAAAUGUGCUGCAGAAGAGAAAGGAAUGGGAGAUGAAGUCUGCAAUGUGACCAGGGCUGCAGCACCCGCCCCGCAGGACGGUACCCGCCGGACUGGGCAGAAUGUAGGGCUGCACGUGGACGUGCAGGACCAGCUGGUAUUUGUUUUUUAACCAUCAAUAUCAACGCUACAACUACACACAUCUAUUUUUUUUAUACAUAUAUAUAUAUACACACACAUAUCAGCUCUCCGGCUGUGGGUUUCUAGUUUCUCCAGCACGAGGGUUGGAGGGUGGCGAGCCCCUCGCAGGCUCGCUGCCUUCUUGCCCAUCACAGCCCCUUAGUUUUGGGGCGCAGAAUUCCCAGGUGCAACCUCAUGAGCUGCUGGCUCUGUCCCUGGUGUGGGUCCGGUUGAAAUGAUGCACCGGCAGCAUCCCAGCCCCCCCCCCCCCCCCAGGGGGCACCCACCAGGGUGGGUGCAGAUACACCCCAACAGGGGGGACAGGCAGUGUGGUUGGGGCUGCUUGGGCAGCUAAUUGCACCUUCCCUGGAGUCGACGGACCCGGGCUGGGCCCUGGGCUGCUUUCCAGCAGCUGUGCUCGUCAUGGCUUGUUUUUAAUUGUAGAAUUUUUUUUUUUUUUUUUAAGGAUUAAAAAAAAAGAAUAAUAAAUCAUAAAACGUGGCUUCUGCUAGGUUGUGGUGCGGGAAGAGGUGAGCUGGGGAGGGGGCUGUCCUUGUCCUGGGGCCUGGUGUGCACAGGGGGCUGGCUCCAUCCCCAGGGCAUGGUAUGUAUGGGGGGCUAUCCCCAUCCCGGUGCAUGGGGGGCUGUCCCCAUCCCGGUGCAAGGUGUGCACGGGGGGCUAUCCCCAUCCCGGUGCACCGGGGGCUAUCCCCAUCCCG